AUGGCGCCUGAAGGUGCUGCCGAGCUUCGUGAUUGGCUCUUCCUGCUGCUUCUGUGCCUGACGCUGUUGGCUGAGGUGCUGGAGGUUUGCGGUGCUUCGUCCGCAGCACAGGGAGGCGAAAGCAUGGGGGAGGUUGUUUGCCCGUCGGUUUGUCGGUGCGACGAGGACUUCAUCUACUGCAACGACCGGGGACUGAGCUCCAUCCCGCCGCUGCCUUUCACCGCCACGGUCCUCUACCUGCAGAACAAUCACAUCGACAACGCCGGGCUCCCCGUCUCCCUGGAGCUCCACAUGACCGUCCAGGUCGUGUACCUGUACGACAACGAGCUGGACGACUUCCCCAUGCACCUGCCCCCGUCGCUGCGAGAGCUGCACAUGCAGGACAACAACAUCCACACCCUGCCGCGCACUGCGCUGGCCCGCCUGCCGCUGCUGGAGAAGCUGCACCUGGACGACAACUCCGUCUCCACCGUCGGCAUUGGGGAGAAGGCCUUCUCCGGUAACCCCCGCCUCCGCCUGCUCUUCCUGUCCCGGAACCACCUCUCCAGCAUCCCGUCCGGGCUGCCGUCCUCCCUGGAGGAGCUGCGGCUGGAGGACAACCGGAUCUCCACCAUCCCCACCCACGCCUUCCGGGGCUUGGCCUCGCUGCGCCGGCUUGUCCUGGACGGGAACCUGCUGGCUAAUCAGCGCAUCGCCGACGACACCUUCUCCCGCCUGUCCAACCUGACCGAGCUCUCCCUGGUGCGCAACUCCCUCCAGACGCCCCCGCUCAACCUGCCCAGCGCCCACCUGCAGCGGCUGUACCUGCAGGACAACGCCCUGUCCCACGUGCCGCGGGGAUCUCUGGACAGCAUGCGUCAGCUGCAGAGGCUGGACCUGUCCGGCAACAACCUGACCACCCUGCCCCGGGGCCUGUUCCGGGACCUGGACAGCCUGUCCCAGCUGCUGGUGCGGGGGAACCCCUGGCACUGCGGCUGCAACCUGCGCUGGCUGUAUGAUUGGCUGCGCGGCCGGGGAACCUCCAUCACCGUGCGGGGCCUCAUGUGCCAGACCCCGGAGAGGGUGCGGGGCAUGGCCCUCAGGGACCUCACCAGCCAGAUGGAGGAGUGCGAGAGCGGAGGAGGAGGCGUUGGUGGUGGUAGCACGGGUGGGGGUGCGGGAGGCGGGAGCAGAGAGAAGGGGGACGGAGGCCUAGUGGCGGCCGCCUCUUCUACCCUCUCCUCCCCCCAGGGCUCCCUCUUCACCCUCAGAUCCAAGCGCCCAGGCCUCAGGCUCCCGGACUCCAGCCUGGACUACCCGCUGGGCAGCAGCGGUGUCAGCGACACGCUGGUCCUUAAAGUGAAGGCCCUCACCCCGGACACCAUCCACAUCACCUGGCACGUCCCCGAGCCCAGCUCCUCCUUCCGGCUCAGCUGGCUGCGUAUGGGCAACAACAUGGCCAUGGGCUCCAUCACCGAGACGCUGGUGCCGGGCGACCGGCGCGAGUACCUGCUCACUGCCCUGCAGCCCCGCUCCAUCUACAUCAUCUGCAUGGUGCCGCUGGUCACCAGCACCAGCGGCAAAAGCCCGAUCAUGGGGGCCGGCCCCGACACGGCCGAGAGUCCCGUCUGCGCCAGGACCGAAACGUCAGACCCCAGCGAGCCCGGUUCGGAUCAGGACGAGGACGACGGCUCUGACUCGCUGUCUGCCCUCCCCCUGGCAGGCAUCAUCGGCGGGGCGACGGCCCUGGUCUCCCUCACCCUGAUCUUCGCCGUGUUUUGCUGGUACGGGCACCGGACACGGCACCUCUCCGCCCGCGAGCACUCUGACUAUGGGCGGGGCGGCUCCCGCCACAGCAAACACUACGACGACUACAUCGAGUCGGGCACCAAGAAGGACAACUCCAUCUUGGAGGUCCGGGGGCCAGGCUUCCAGAUGACGCCUAUAGCCGCCCGGGAGCCGCUUCAUCCCAAGCCCCUGAGGGAGGAUUACAUCAUCCACACUAUCUUCCCCUCCAAUGGUACUAGCCUUUAUAAAAGCACCCAGCACACGGCCACCACUAGGUAUGGCACCAACCGUGGGUAUAGAGGAGGAGGAAUACCAGAUAUAGACUACUCAUACACGUGAUAGACCUCUCCACUCUGUUAUAUAUAUACUGUGUAGACCCAGUGCCCAGAUUCUUCACCUGGGCUCUGAACCACCCCUUUGUGCCUAUUGGUUUCCAUUCAAACUAAUCCCAUUAUUUACUGUAAAGAGACCUGUAAAGGGCUGUCGUGCCCUUGAAAUCAUGUAUCUUUACACCGUGACUGAAGUGCUGGAAAAUAUGCCUCUUGAGGUAUUGACAACGUAACUAUUUUCAUACACUGAGAACAAUGUAUACCUUUUUAAAUGUUCCUUUCCCUCAAUGAGACCAGUCAGCAGAACGAAAAGGAAAAAAAAAAUCAUGCAUGUAUUUGCUUACCCUUUUACACCUUACACAUUAUGUAAUUCAUUUAUACUGCUGUAUUGUUACUGUAGCAACUGACAUAAUGUGACUUAAAGGUACUACACCUUUGACCUACCCCUGCUGUUGUACCAGAUACAGAUAUGUAUUCUCUCUGCUGUGGGAAUAAAAGUCACACACAGACACAAGCUCCUUUUCCCCAGCAUAAGUGCAGUAUUCUUCACAGAAGGACCACAUGCAAAAAAAAAAAAAAUAGAUUGGACAAUAGUUGUG